GCUUGGUUGAUGGUUCCGUGAUUUGCUUCCUACUUCUUGUACGCGCUUAUCGCCCUUCGGAAGCUUGCUUCUCUCUCUGAGCGAUAUACAGCUAAACACAUUGAGAGAGAUAAGGAAGGGCACCUCAGAUACUCCCUCCAUUUCUCGCUAUUCAAAUCACAUCUGACCGUCGUCAGUCGUCAGAUUUGUGUCGGAUUGUUUUGGCGAUUCACUUGCAAUGGCUGCCACUGUGACCAUCUCUUCCACAGGUCCACGAUAUGCACCUGAGGACCCCACGCUCCCCAAACCAUGGAGAGGCCUUGUUGAUGGUAAAACUGGGUACCUUUACUUUUGGAAUCCUGAGACGAAUGUCACUCAAUAUGAGAAGCCUACAGGGUCAGUUCCUCCACCAAAGUCAUCUUCAGUUCCUAUUAGUUCUUCUGUAUUAGUUCAACAAUCUUCUCAAGGACAGCUUUGUGGCUACAGUCCUGAUGACAAUGAUAGUUAUGGCAGGGGCAGCAAUGGUGGGUCAAAGCUCGAGGUUGAGUCAAGGAUGCAGCAGAAUACAAGAGGUGAAACUGUCCAUUCCAGUAAUACUGCAAAUGGGACACUUGGUGCUGGACCUGGUGGAUCUUCUACACAAGUACAUGGAGCUUCAGAUGUAGGAGUUGGUUUUUGUGCAGAGUCUUAUCGUCGCCGGCAUGAAAUAACUGUUACUGGUGAUAAUGCGCCUCCACCUUUUACGUCAUUUGAAGCUACUGGCUUUCCAUCUGAGAUUCUUAGAGAGGUACACAAUGCUGGGUUCUCUGCCCCAACUCCGAUUCAGGCACAAUCAUGGCCGAUUGCUCUUCAAAGUAGAGACAUAGUGGCCAUUGCCAAAACCGGUUCCGGGAAAACCUUGGGUUACUUGAUUCCGGGAUUUAUUCAUCUCAAGCGCUGCCGUAACAACCCUCAAUUGGGUCCAACUGUGUUAGUUUUGUCGCCAACUAGGGAGUUGGCAACACAGAUACAAGAUGAAGCUGUGAAGUUUGGAAAGUCAUCAAGAAUUUUGUGCACGUGUUUAUAUGGAGGAGCUCCAAAGGGACCCCAGUUGAGAGAUAUAGAUAGAGGAUCAGAUAUAGUGGUUGCUACCCCUGGUCGCUUGAAUGAUAUUCUGGAGAUGAAGAGAAUUAGCCUUCAUCAAGUUUCUUACCUCGUGCUUGAUGAGGCUGAUCGCAUGCUCGACAUGGGUUUUGAACCUCAGAUAAGGAAGAUUGUAACGGAGGUGCCUUCUCGCCGCCAAACCCUCAUGUAUACAGCAACAUGGCCAAAGGAGGUUCGGAAAAUUGCAGCAGAUCUGCUCGUCAAUCCUGUUCAGGUUAACAUUGGCAAUGUAAAUGAGCUUGUCGCGAACAAGUCCAUCACGCAGCAUGUUGAAGUAUUGGCACCCAUGGAGAAACACAAGCGACUGGAGCAGAUACUGCGAUCUCAAGAACCAGGAUCGAAGAUUAUCAUCUUUUGUUCGACCAAGAAGAUGUGUGACCAACUUGCCCACAAUCUUACCCGCCAGUUUGGUGCUGCUGCCAUUCAUGGAGACAAAUCUCAGGGUGAGAGGGAUCAUGUGUUGAGUCAGUUUCGAAAUGGUAGGUCUCCAAUUCUUGUAGCCACUGAUGUUGCUGCUCGAGGACUGGACGUCAAGGACAUCAGGGUGGUUAUCAACUAUGAUUUCCCUACAGGAGUGGAGGAUUAUGUUCAUAGGAUUGGGAGGACAGGGAGGGCAGGUGCCACAGGUCUGGCUUUUACAUUCUUUGGUGACCAGGAUGCCAAAUAUGCUUCGGAUCUCAUCAAAGUUUUGGAAGGGGCAAAUCAGCGAGUCCCCCCUGAAAUUCGUGAACUGGCAUCCCGUGGUGGUGGGAUAGGUAGGUCAAGACGUUGGGGUUCUGGUUCUGGGUUCAGUGGUCGUGAUGGGGGCCGCGGUGGACGUAAUGAUUCAGGUCAUAUUGGAAGAGGUGGGUGGGGAUUUUCUCCUCCCUCUUCUGGACAGCCAGAAAGAAGUGGAGGCCGUGGAUAUGAGCACGAGUCACAUGAGAGGUAUGAUUGUGGUUACAGCUAUGGACAAGAUAGAGGUCGCAGUCGCAGCCCCAGCCCUAACAAGGGUUCUGCCUGGGGUGAACACAGUAAAGGUUGGAACCGUGAUCGUAGCCGUAGUCGUGACCGCUCCCCAGUGCGCAGUUUUCACCAGGCAAUGAUGGAACGAGGGAGGUCAUCCCCACCACAUCAACACCAGCGUGUGCCACCUUACAACAGUGGGAAUGCAAGGGAACCCAAGGGUUCACCACAGGGGUGGGGCAGAUCCUCGGGUGGUGGGCAGGAUGCCGGAGGAUUUGCCAAUGGACCUCACUCUUCUUAUUUUGGAGAAGAAGAGGAGGAAGGCUUGAUACCUCAGGAUGAGGUUGACAAGUAGAAGGUGCUCAUCGUUCCUCUUGAACAAUACUUAUAGUUGGGGUUAAAACGGGUCGAGCAUGCCUUCUGCGCUUUUUAACUUUUUGUUUUGUGUUGCAAGUGGCAAGUAGUAGGUGCUUAUAACAAGGCCGAGAAUGGUGUGAAAGUUGAAUUUUGUUGGGUUGUCUUUAGAAUAGUUCGAGGGGGGGCUAAAAGACUUAACCGGAUCCCUUUUUUAACUUUGACAACGUAAUUAGCUAUAGUUUCUUGUAUUCGGUACGGAAGAAAGGGCAAGGAUAAGCACCACACAACGAAUGUUUUGAUGUAAACAUGGUGACCUGAAUACUCAAUGGUAUAGUUAUUUAUUAUUGUCUUA